UGGGUGGUCUAUCAACUUAUAUUUUCCCAGUCCUUAGGUGUCGCAUUUCGUAACUAGGGCUACUUCGCACAGUCGUGAGGAAAGGCCAUAGUACAAAGCCAAGGAGUUUGUGCGAAUGGGGCAAGCAGGCAGUUCUUUACAGAGACUUCAACCGAAUGUGCAGUAAGUGCAGAACAUCCGGUCCAAGAGUUUUAACAACUCAUGAUCACGUGAAUUAAAGAUGGGAUCCUGACCGUGCGAUCCAGAAUCUGACGACUCGGGUCCGAUUUUCGGAGAAAUCUUGAAUAUGUGCGUGGGAAUGGAAUGAUACAAUGCUCGUGUUCUUUGAUCUGAGGACUAGACGCUCGUCUCGUUCGCAGGCAGCCCAUCUUUGAGCAGCCUUCGUUAUCAUCUUUUGCGCUACUCAUCUUCAAUUCUUGAUUCUGUUUUCCUUCCUCGUGUACAACGAGCUCCAGAAACCGACGAAGGUGUAGUUUUUGGGAUGCUGCUGUUUCUUUGAUCCGGUCCAUCCUCAAGUCUUACAUGGCGAGCAUGACUUUAAAUUGGUGGGAAGGAAAAUUUCUGUGAGCCCUCAAUUGUCGACGCCUCUCGUCGAGCUUUAAGUUGAUGCUUGAGAACUCCGUCCGGAGUGUGCAAGGCUUCUUAAACUUGAGACUUUGGAGUGGAAGCUUACUCUGCAUAAUCGAUACCAUAACUUGCAUGGAGCAGUUCUAUGCGCUGCGAUAACUCAUACUAUUGAUAACAUUCUGCCAUUGAUCAGAGAACCAUGUCCACCUGGACUAUACGGGGCCUGAACUCACCCUGUACAGUGCAAUGGAACACCCGUUCCAACUGUUCUGCUCCAAGAGUGUCAAGAAUCCAGAAUACCUCUAGGCUGAAUUUUGGAUGCGAUUUUUGCGAGAGGUCGAGGAUUCAGGAAAGCCAAUUGCCGCCAAAGCUCCCAAGAGACGCUCUCAAUCGUCAACCAUUUUCAUGGUCAUCCCGAGAGAGAAGGAAGGGGUUCCUGAAGCAAAAUGGGCCCAAACUGGCCACGUUCAUGGUCCAAGCAUCACUAGAGGACAGCGAGAAGCAAGAUAUGACGGAUUUGAGCAAUGAGAAGGCGAUGGACGAAGAGUUGAGAACCAGAGUUAGAUUACCCCAAUUUUGCUCAGAUUUAGAACGUCCAAACACAGGAAGAUCGAUGAUGAACAACGCGUUUGGCGGAGGAUAUGAGAGGGAUGUAAUUCACAAGGAGAUAGUUCGGAGGAUGAACUCUGUGGGUGGAGCCGAUCUAGACAAAAGAGAAAGCUUUCGUGUCAGAUAUACCACGCAGAGUUUCUCCGAAAUAUCCGCAAAAACUGAACGCGGGCCAGACGAUAUCCUCGCUUUGGAAGAUGACAGGUGUAACCAGCUGGGGGGAGAACAAGGAAAAUUUGAAAGGAAUCUUGCUGCAAAUUCUCAUUCCAUGAAGAAAAGAAGAGUGCCAUCGAAAGAGCACGACGAACAGGUUCGGUGGGCUAGACGGAGUUUGCUGAACCAUUGCAUUCCAGCCAUUCUGGAGAAACUCGGCUUCAACGUUGCUUUCAAUAAUUUAGCCACCAACCAAGUCCUCAGUGGCCAUUACAACGUCAACGUAACGGUCUCCUACGAGAUGAGUCACCAACCUUCUCCAGGGGAUGGAUCGCAGUCUCUGGCCAGAAGUGAAAGGGGAAAUGAGUUCCUUAAUCAGGCCAGCGAUUUGCGUCUUUUUACAACUGACUCGAUAAGACAGAUUGCACAACCUGUGAAAUUCUCGACUUCGACGAAGGGCUGCACAGAUGGCAGGCAACAUCCCCCACGAACUAAAAUCGAUCCAUCUUUGCGAUCCGAUCUCUAUUUGGACUCACACAUGCUGGCUCCAAGUCCAAGAAGAUUUGGGAAAAGAGUGCGUGUCCGAAGUCCCGGGAAAUUGUGGAUGCAAGCUGAUGGGGAAUCAAAUUCACCACCAUCGAAUAUGUGGAGGGACUUGUUCACCAUCAUUGGCUUGAGUGCUUUCAUCAUUUGUGGCACGUAUGCCUUCGCUGUAAGUAAUCGGUACUUGAAGUUUGGUUCGAAGAACAAUCCUUGUUCGAUGACAACGCGUCACUGUGGCUCAGAUCCCCAUUCCACGACUACAUUGAAGCAAGCCUCUGUUAUCGAACUUUCCAACUCCAACUUUGAGACCGCAGUGACGAGGAAGCCAACUUUCGUUUUGUUCUACGCCCCUUGGUGCUCUCACUGUCAACAGCUGGAGCAUACGUGGAAGGACCUAGCAUGCCGUCUGCCCAAUAAAGGAUAUGAUGUUCAGCUGGCUCAGAUGGAUGCAGAAAAGUAUAACCAACUGGCAGAGAAGUUCAAGGUUGUGAAAUAUCCAACUCUCAUAUUCUUUAAAGAUGGAAAGCCCACCGACAGUCAUACAGGGCCUCGUGAUGUGGACUCGUUGAUGACUUUCAUCGAUGAGAAUUACAUGUAGUUUUUGAUGCGCAUGCUUGUGACCAAUCAGGUCUUCAGAAGCUGAACCUUGAUAUUGUAGUGAUCACUACUUGAGACUAUAGAAAAUUUUAUCCUAUACAAUUUCAUUUAGAGACGCCUGCCUCUCUAAGUGUCAAGGUUGUUCAUCUGUCUUCACGCCAUGUCUUCUAUAACAACUUUUAUACGAGGGUAGUGCGACGUUAAAAAUUGCUAGCAAGAUUUCAGCCAUGCUUGUAUCAUCACCCUUCUUGUAUACUACUUUUAUUUCAAGCUGGGAAGCAUUAUUCUGUACCUCUUCAACGAAUGGAUCAGAAGCUUCUCCGCUACUAAUACUUAACAGCACC